AUGGACACCCUACUUACCGAAUCUGGCCGACUUUUCCACUCCGGCCGGAUUGUCAUUAUUACUGUGGGCUUACCAGCGAGGGGCAAGACACAUAUAUCCGUAGCUCUGGCGCGCUAUCUUCGGUGGUUGGGCGUUAAGACCAGGAUCUUCCACCUUGGAGAUUACAGACGUGCCACUAUUCCAGUUGGCCAGGACAUCCCUGAUGAUUACUUCUUCGUGAACGCAUCUGCUUCCUCAGUACUUCUGAGACAAAAGAUUGUAAAACGGUGCCGGGAAGACAUAUAUCAAUUUCUGAAUGACGAAAAUGGCCAGAUAGCAAUAUAUGAUGCUGUUAACCCCUUGGCUUCAGGGCGACGAUCGCUUGCGAAGGAGUUCGCUAAGCAUGAUAUUGAGACCCUUUUUAUCGAGUCAUGGUGCGAUGAUGAGCGCAUUAUCGAAGAGAAUGUCCUCCGGGUGAAAAUAUCUUCACCUGACUGCCUCAUUUUGAACCUUGAGAUAUAUAUUAACCUGAAGCAGAUGAUCAAUGCUGGCGAAAGGCUGAUUGUUAACAAUCGAAGUUUUGGUUAUCUUUCCCAUCGGAUCGUUUUUUAUCUUCUCAACCUUCACAUAAAAUCUAGACAUACGUAUUUCGCACGGGCCGGGGUUUCCAUAGAGGCUGACUCUUACAAAGCUGAUGCUUCCUUGUCAGAACAAGGGGAGGACUAUGCUAAGAAAAUGACUGAAUGUCUACUGAGGCACAGAGAGUCCGAGAAGCAAGCAACAAUCGACCAAGGAGAGACAGACUAUGAGUUGAAACCAUUGACAGUUUGGACUUCCACCAGGCGUAGGACAAUCGAAACUGCAAAGUAUCUUUACGAGAAAGGAUACAAAGUCCGACAGAGAUCACAACUAAGCCAGUUGAACCCAGGUGUUUGCGAAAAGAUGUCAGAAAAGAAGAUUCGUGAAGAAUAUCCAGAUGAGGUAGCAAAGCAUGAACUGGAUCCUUAUCAUCAUAGGUACCCUCGGGCAGAGUCGUACCACGACCUUGCUGUGCGCCUUGAACCUAUAAUAUUAGAGCUUGAACGUGAGCAGAAUGAUCUCCUCAUUAUUGCACAUGAAAGUGUCCUAAGGGUUCUAUAUGGCUAUAUUAUGGCAUGUAAUGCCGCGGAUAUUCCAUUUCUAGAGUUCCCUCGAGACGAGAUAAUUGAGGAAAUCAUUCCUGGCUCUCCACAAGACAUCAAAAUACCUGUGCCCCCGAGUGGGGUCACCACCCCUUUGGUUGGAGGAUUAAGCAGUCCACAAGAAGGGUUUUCGACGCCACAAAGCGGACUUCGGACCCCUCGUGAGCCCGAGAGAAUAUCGCAGCAGCAUGUUGAGGACGUUGUUUGA